GAGUCGCGAUUUUCGCCGUCUUCAUCUCAUUGUCGCCGGAGCGUGUUUUGUUCACCAUUGUCGCCAUUUUCGCCAUUUUCAUUCUAGCAUUGUCGCCCGUUAUCAUCGCAUUCUCCAUCAGAAAUGGCUCGUGAACCUACACUGGCUGAGGAUCUUAGAGAAACAAAAAGAAGAAGAAGAGAGUACCGGACAGCAGCAAUUCUAGAUUCACAAGCAGCUCAGAGCUCUAAUCCAACUAGUGAACAACCAGCAGCAGCCCUAAAUUCACAAGCAGCUCAGCGCUCACGCCCUGCUAAGGAAACAACUGUUGUAGAGACUUCAACGAGACGGCGCCGACGAACUAGAGAACACAGGAGAGAUUACUUCAAUACGAGGAUGGGGCCAAAGCUGAUGUUUGAUCUUGUCCAGAGGCUCUCACCACGACAGAAACAAGCUGUCGUAGAAACUGGAUUUGGUGGACUUCUUCAUCUCCAACUCUGCACCAAUGAAUCAAAGUUGGUGCAAUACCUGCUGGACAACUUUAAUGUUUGCAGGUGUGAUUUUGUAUUAGAGGAUGAUAGUCUCCACAUUGAAGAGGAAGAUGUCGAAUACACGUUGGGAAUCCCGCGAGGGCCUCUGAAGGUCAAUGAGGGGACAAAGAUGGAAGACACCUCAACCCGUGAAUACAAACUGCUGCUGACUUCAUGGAGAAGGAGGUGGGGUAUUACAGCAGGCUCGCCAAUAACUACACAGAUGCCAGAUGAGAUUGUUAGGAGAGCUGAUCAUGGUGAUGAGUUCAAGAGGGAUUUCGUAGUCUUUGCCGUUUCCUCCAUGCUUCGAGGAAACACAACACGCUACUCCAAGUACAGGAUCUUAAACUCAUUGAUUGAUGUUGAUAUGAUUAAAGAGUACAAUUGGUGCGCCUACACAUACCAAUCUCUCAUUGACUCGAUAGAUAGUUACAAUGAAGAUAGAAAGAGAAGCUUUUGGGGGCCAAUGACAUUGAUAUUGCUGUUCUACUUUGAUCGAGUAGAAUUCAAAGGAAUGAAGAUCAACAGAACAUACCCUAGCAUACUUGCUUGGACAACCACGCUUGUAAGAAAGAGAGUCAAGGCUGAAAAAAGGGCUGGUGGGUUUGGAAAAGGAAGGGUUAUCCCUAGAGUUAAGAAGCCAAGGACUGAUGCUACCACCUCACUGCAACAACCUGCAAGCACUGCUGCUGCUACAACCUCACUACCACAACCUGCAUUUACUGCUGCUGCUACUACUUCUUCUACUCCUGCUACUGCAACACCGACACCAACUACAAUUGAGCCACUCUCAAGUGUUGAUCGGGUGACCCGUGUGCUCCAAAAGCUAGCAUCAGAUGUCCUGGAGUUUGGUGAAGCUAUGUCUGAAAUUGGAAAGCAGGGCGCACCUAUUGAAGUCAUGAAGAAAGCGUUCUCAGGGAUAUCAAACAUGCUAGGUGCUGCAAGCGCAAUUGAAUCAACUUCCAUUCCAACUGAAUCUCAUGGAUUCAUUGGUGGAAGCAUUUCAGAAGACAACAAAAACCAUGGAAUUUGA